CAUACACCUGCAACCUUUCUUCUCGGUUUAAGACACCACACAACCAAAACAUUUUAUAAACUUCCCUCUUCUUCUCUCCCAACUCCUCGUAAUUUAAAAAGAAACAAUGGUGGCGGUUGAUUAUAACGAGAAGAACAACAGUGGAAGUAGUAAUCUAAAAUUUCUUUGCAGUUACGGUGGCAGAAUCCUCCCUCGUUCCACCGACGGCAAUCUCCGUUACGUUGGAGGUCACACCAGAGUCCUCUCCGUCGAUCGUUCUAUCUCUUUCUCAGAGCUGAUGAAGAAACUAUUUGAAUUCUGCGGUUACUCCGUUGAUCUAAGAUGUCAAUUACCAAACGGAGAUCUCGAGACUCUAAUCUCCGUUAAAUCAGAAGAAGAACUAUCAAACAUCGUCGAAGAGUACGACCGCCUCACCGGAGCCAAGAUCCGAGCGGUUCUUUCGCCUCCGAGAUCUUCGCAUAAACGCGAAUCAUCUUCGUCUUCGUCAAGCGGAGAUCGAUCACCAAAAUCGCCAUUUUCCGUCACACCUUCACCGCCGAACUCACCGUCUCCGGCGUACGGAAGAUAUUUACAAACCCGGUAUUGUUUACCUGCCACGGAUCAUCUUGUUCCUAGAAGAUUCAAUCAUAGAUCGGAAGAAUCUCAUUGCUGCUACUAUACGUGUCGUGUACACAAAGACUCCAGGCUCAUCUGGCAUUGAAUUGGAGGAUAUUGGACAAUUUAGAAAAAAAGAAAAAAAAAAUCGAAUAUACGCCAUAGAUAUACGAAUACUUUUGAUGAUGACGAAAACAUAAAAACUUGGGAUUUAUUAAAUUUAGGAUCUUCGAAUUUUUUUUUUA